UGUCAGUGCGCGGAGUCACACGGUUUUUGCCCGCUCGGCCGCCUGGCAUUGUUGGGUACAGACGCUCAUGAUUUGGAGCUUUUACACAAAUUGAUGAGUCCCUCCUGCAUGCCUAUCGCAUGGAUUGAAAGCCACGAUCCUGAUGUGAAAGAGGGGGAGAACCAGAACAGAGACGCUUUCUUGAAUCCUGAUACAACUCCUGACAUUACCCAUUUCAAGUGUCACCGAAAAACUGUCAUAAGACUUGAGCCAUGCCCUGCGUCCAGGCUCAGUAUGGAUCAUCACCUCAAGGAGCGAGUCCAGCUUCCCAGAGCUACAGCUACCACACCGCAGGAGAAUACAGCUGCGACUUCUUAACACCCGAGUUUGUGAAGUUUAGCAUGGACUUAACUAACACUGAGAUCACAGCCACUACUUCCCUGCCGAGUUUCAGUACAUUCAUGGACAACUACAAUACCAGUUACGACGUCAAACCGCCCUGUCUGUAUCAGGUGCCGCACUCUGGAGAGCAGUCCUCCAUCAAGGUGGAGGACGUCCAGAUGCACAGCUACCAUCAGCAGAGCCACCUGCCGCCUCAGUCGGAGGAGAUGAUGGCUCACUCUGGGCCUAUGUACUUCAAACCGUCCUCUCCGCACGCGCCCGGCACGCCAAACUUCCAAGUCCAGCCUAAUCACAUGUGGGAGGACCCGGGCUCCCUCCACAGUUUCCACCAGAACUACGUGGCGGCCACUUCUCACAUGAUAGACCAGCGCAAGAAUCCGGUGUCGAGGCUUUCGCUCUUCUCCUUCAAGCAGUCCCCGCCCGGCACUCCCGUCUCCAGCUGUCAGAUGCGCUUCGACGGGCCCCUGCACGUCUCCAUGAACCAGGACAACCCCGUGCACCGCGGCCUGGACGGCCAGAGCUUCGCGGUGCCGAGCGCCAUCCGGAAACAGGCGGGUCUGGCCUUCCCGCACUCCCUGCAGCUCGGCCACGCGCACCAGCUGGUGGACAGCCAAGUGCCAUCGCCCCCGUCCCGAGGAUCUCCGUCAAAUGAGGGUCUGUGCGCGGUGUGUGGGGACAACGCAGCCUGCCAGCAUUAUGGAGUGAGGACCUGCGAGGGAUGCAAAGGAUUUUUCAAGCGCACCGUUCAGAAAAAUGCAAAAUAUGUGUGUUUAGCGAAUAAAAACUGUCCUGUUGACAAACGCCGAAGAAACCGGUGCCAGUUCUGCCGCUUCCAGAAGUGUAUUGUCGUCGGAAUGGUGAGAGAAGUUGUCCGGACAGAUAGCCUAAAAGGUCGAAGAGGACGCCUCCCAUCCAAACCCAAAAGUCCCCAGGAGCCCUCCCCUCCCUCGCCGCCGGUGAGCCUCAUAAGCGCGCUCGUCAGGGCCCAUGUGGACUCCAACCCCUCCAUGUCUGCUUUGGACUACUCCAGAUUCCAGGCUAACCCUGACUACCAAAUGACUGGAGACAACACUCAGCACAUCCAGCAGUUCUAUGAUCUCCUGACGGGCUCCAUGGAGAUCAUCCGGGGCUGGGCGGAGAAGAUCCCCAGCUUCUCUGAUCUCCUCAAACAAGAUCAGGAUCUCCUCUUUGAGUCCGCCUUCCUGGAACUUUUCGUUCUGCGGCUGGCGUACAGGUCCAACCCGGUGGAAGGCAAACUGAUUUUUUGUAAUGGAGUGGUGUUACACAGGCUACAGUGCGUGCGUGGAUUUGGAGAGUGGGUGGAUGCCAUCGUGGAGUUUUCUUCCAACUUGCAGAGCAUGAACAUAGACAUCUCGGCUUUCUCCUGCAUCGCAGCUCUCGCUAUGGUAACAGAGCGACACGGACUCAAGGAGCCGAAGAGAGUCGAGGAUCUCCAAAACAAGAUAGUCAACUGCCUCAAAGAUCAAGUGACAUUCAAUGGAGGUGGAUUGAAUCGUCCCAACUAUUUGUCAAAACUCUUGGCAAAGCUCCCUGAACUGCGCACGCUAUGUACCCAAGGUCUGCAGCGUAUCUUUUACCUUAAACUAGAAGAUCUAGUCCCUCCGCCAGCAAUAAUUGACAAACUUUUCCUCGACACCCUACCUUUCUGAGUCCCGGCUCGCUGGAGAGACCUCAAAGAACUUCCAAAAGACUGCUUGAUUCAGACUUUUUAUUAUUUCUGAAGAUCCGUAGGCACAUAGUCCCACAUAUGAGAAAGAAUUGGCUGACAUGUACAGGCCUGUUUAUUAAAUCCUUGAUGGAUAAUCCCGGGGAAAUUGUCUCCUAAUUGUCAGCUAACUUAAUCCGGUCUUGCAAAUCUCUUUUUGACAUCGGCUCCACUGAUUCAGCAUCAUCAGCUGUAAUAUAUACCCCAUUUCUAUAUAGGAACACACGCGCACACACACACUGUACAUUACAAUAGAUUACGCGAUGCCUCACGUGCAUCAGUUUCUAACACGUGUACAAAGUUUGUUACGAUGAAAAGAUCUGAUUUUCUUUUCUUUUCUGACUCGUGCCUAUGUGUUUCUGACAGGAUCCCCAAAAGUAUCCGGAAAAGACAACGCAUGUUCUCCUUUUCUUUCACUUUUCUUUUCUUUUAUAGGCACUUGCUGAGGUGAUGUCUAUAUAUAAUAUAUACCGGACACUAUGUAGUCUGCUAGAUUUGAUACAGAUUCGUAGUUAUGGCACUCCUUUUAUGUAUGACGCAUAUGUGGACAAAAUAUGUCAUGUGUAUAGAAAUGAGGGACCCAUGGUGUUUGUAAAACUGUCAGACAUUCCUUGUUUGUAUGUGCUGUAAGUAUUGUUGCUGUUGAAUAUAAACGUUUCUAUAUAUUUAUUAUUUCUAUUGCCAAGAGCUACACGACGCAUGGUGCAAUUUAAAAACGAUUUCAAACCCCAUUCAGAGUUCAAGCUGAGCACGUUGUCUAUGUUUUUAUGUCUUUAGAAACGUCUAGGUAGUUUUGGUUUCAACACGUUUUUGGAGAACUGGAUAAAGAUCCAUUAUCUUAUAUUCAAGAGGUUCAUGAGUGUGUGUGAUGUAGGCCCACAUCUUUGGCAUCAUGAUGUACUUAAAGACUUCUGUAACGCUUAUUUGGUGCCCGAUUCAAAAACUUUAGAGA